AUGAAUCUACUAUCGAUAUUCACCUUGUUCUCGGUGAUUUCGGUUGCCCUAGGAUAUCCACUUACUGUUACCCCACAGUUGGCUCCAAGAGACCAAGGACUGGUUGCUCCUCAGUGUGCUGUCGAUUGUCAACUUCAAGUAGUUCCCACGAGAUGUUCAACUAAGGACACGGCAUGCCUCUGUGCAGAUGAGGCAUAUCAAGCAGAAGUCGGUAGCUGUGUGAUGGCCAAUUGCACUUCAAGCGAGGCGCUGAUGGCCAAAUACCUGGGUUCUCGUGCAUGUAAUAUUCCGAUAGUGCCGCUAUAUCCUGUGGUCGACGCUGGCACACUUGUCCCAUUCCUAGCUGCCACCCUUUUUAUUACGUUUAGGAUAGCUUCUAAACUUUUGCACCUGGGUAGCAAUUGGGGUGUCGACGAUUUUACUAUCAUUGUGGCAUAUAUCCUUGCUGUUGCAGUUUACUCAAUACACGCAUCAAUGAUUUAUUAUGGCUUUGGAAAAAAUAUAUGGGAUAUUAUUCCACAAGAGCAUAUUACAGUGGCUUUUAAGCUCUUCUUUGCCUACGCCCUGGCAUAUAAAGCACUAAUAUCUCUUGCCAAAAUAUCCGUUGGUCUUUUCUUACUACGGAUUUUCCAGUCGAAAGGAUUCCGCUUUCUUAUGACUACUAUCAUAGUACUUAAUGGUGCCAUUGCAGUUACAUGGAUCCUCGUCGAUACCUUCCGUUGUAUCCCUGUCCAUCUAGCCUGGACUGGAUGGAAAAUGGACGAGCCUGGAAAAUGUAUUGAUUUCAUGACUGCGACUUAUGUCAACGGAUUUGUCAAUAUCACGGUAGAUACUAUUAUGGUAUCUUUGCCCAUGUACGAAGUGUUGAAGUUGAAACUAUCAUGGCGCAAGAAGGUGAGUGUUAUGGUGAUGUUGGUAAUGGGCCUCUUUGUGACGGCUAUCGCAAUUGUGCGAGUGGUCGUUCUAUUUCAGCAUGAUCCUACCAAAAAUCCUACCUACGAAAUGGAACCGCUUAUCUACUGGUCUAUGAUCGAAUGUCAGGUAGCCGUUAUCUGCGCCUGCUUACCUGCUACUCGAGUAUUACUUCUUCACUUCGCACCAGGAGCCCUCGGCCCACCCACUGAAAAUGAGUCGAAGAAGUCUAACAACUCUUCCUCGAAUUCCCAGCCAAGAGAGCAGCCCACUUCCGAUUCCGCUACGUUGAUUGAGCAGGGCGACGGCAUCUCUAAGACAGUGACUUAUUCAGUGGACAGUGCUGUCAAGUCUCAAGCGAGUACUUCAGGCCCUUGCAUAAAUAUGGUUGAUAUUGAUACCAGAACGAAAUGA